AUGCGAUUCACCCUUUCCCUUCCCCUUCCCAUUGGCGUCGUUCCUUCUCUUGCCCAUCUCCUACAUCUACGAAAACUGCACUCCCACCUCCAUCUACGACGCUCCUCCCUCCUCCCUCCUCCGACUGAUGCCUUCUCCACUUCCGUCCAACGCUGCCUCUCUGAGCUCCGACCUCCUUCCGUGAAUCAUAAUAAAUCAUGGCUAGCUAUUGUUUUCAAGUUUCUAAAUUAACUAAUAGAAGAAUGAAGUGUUGCUGCCAAUAGAACUAUCUCUACCGCCCAAGAUGCAUUAUAUUUGUAAUUGAAUUAUUAGUUUGCUAGAUUGCAGUGUAAUUGUAUAUGUAAUAAAACAUUGUAAGUGCUAUUGGAAUUGCUAAUUGUUGUCUGUUUACAUGU